AUCUUUGCCUCUCUUCCUCAACAACGACCACCUGAACAAUGUCUGUCUCCUCAAAAGCUGUCGUCCUCAUCGGCGGUCCCUCCAAGGGUACCCGGAUGCGGCCGCUCACCCUGGACACCCCAAAGCCGCUCUUUCCCAUUGCCGGGCGACCCCUCAUGUGGCACCACAUUCGCGCUCUUUCCAUGGUCGCUGGAUUGACUGAGGUCUUUCUGAUUGGCUUUUACGAGGACGCCGUCUUUGCGCCAUUCCUCAAGGAUGUAUCGCGUGAAUUCAAGAACCUUUCCGUCAAGUACAUGAGGGAAUAUCAAGCCCUUGGCACUGCCGGCGGUCUCUACCACUUCCGUGAUACGAUUCUGCGGGGAAACCCUGGUCAGAUCUUCGUUUUGCACGUCGACAUCUGCUGCUCUUUUCCCUUGAAGGAGCUCCGCGAUUUCCACGGUACCCACCGUGGUCUUGUCUCAAUGCUCGGAGUACGAGUGCCGACGGAGACUGCACUGAAGUACGGUUGCAUCGUUCCUGACCCCAGGACAAAGCAAGUUCUGCACUACGUGGAGAAACCGGAAGGCUUCAUCUCGGACCUCAUCAACGGUGGUGUCUACCUCCUCGAAGCCCAGGGCUUCUUUGAGGCGAUUCGCGUAGCGAUGGUGCGCAAAUCACAACAACAAGCCGAAGACCCCUACAUGUACCAGGACGACCUCCUCCGCCUAGAACAGGACGUCAUUGUUCCGCUAUGCGACACGAAAAAGGUGUUUGUCUACGAGACGCCCGACUUUUGGAGGCAAAUCAAGUCAGCUGGUUCUGCAUUGCCUGCCACUGCGCUCUACCUGAACCAAUAUCACACAACGAAUCCGGAGAUGCUGGCAAAGCCCACCCCUAGCGGGCCAGAAAUUGUAGAACCCGUGCAUAUUGAUGCAACCGCUCAGGUUGAUCCAAGCGCCAAGAUCGGGCCUUCUGUGAGCAUCGGCCCUGGCGUUGUCAUUGGUGCUGGUGUUCGUGUCAAGGAGAGCAUAAUUCUAGACAAUGUGACCGUCGAAAAAAACGCAAUUGUUAGCAACUCCAUUAUUGCUGCUGACUGCCGCAUCGGGCCCUGGGCCCGCAUCGAAGGCGAGCCUCUGAAGCCAACUUCUGUUGAGGACAGCUCGACGAAGGAGACCAUAACCAUUCUCGCGAACAAUGUCAAUGUUGCAAGGGACGUGCUUGUGCGAUGCUGCAUCGUUCUCCCGCAGAAGACGCUUACCAGCAACUGCCACAAUGAAGUCCUUCUCUAAUUUUCUCUCCCCAGCCUGGCGCUGUGCAAGAGGGCCCAGUUCAGGAGAGCCGUCAUAGUCAGGACACUCGCUGCAAUGGCUUUCGCCAAUCCCUACUCCCCUAAUCCGCACAUGAUACCCAAAUGCAUAGAUUAUGCAAGUACGCCCCUAAUUUGUUAGAUUGACAU